CGCUCAGGUUGCCGCUGGAAACCAGCAGCCUCCACUUCUUCCCUUUUAUUGCCCGAGUCUGACCCGGGAGGGGGGUGGGACUCCCAGCUGGGAGGCGUGGAGGUGGAGAAGCGAGAGCCCACGCGUGGAAGUGGGACUUUUGCCGCUUCUUCUGGUCUGUAGAAGAGAAGGAGAGAGCCGGCAGACGCGUGAGCGAGCGUGGCUCCCCCCUCAGCCGCCGCCGCCGCCGCCGCCACCGGAUCUUGCUGUCACCUUGUUCUAUUGGACACAAUGAAUAAGAUGAUAACUUUCAAGCGGCGUUUUUCUCUUUCUGUUCCCCGGACAGAGACUAUCGAGGAGUCACUGGCAGAGUUUACAGAGCAGUCCAACCAGCUCAACAACAGGAAAAAUGAAGACACAUCACAAGGACAUCUCCACCUGGGUCAUCUGAAUAAGGAUAUCAAGACACAGCAGAGUUCUGUCUUGCCUUUAGAAGGCCAGUCCCCAAUACCUGUCCGUUACUGCAAUGGAAACCAACGCCGUUUUUCUAUGGAGGAUGUUAGCAAGCGCCUCUCUCUACCCAUGGAUAUUCGGCCACCUCCAGAGUUCCUCCAGAAAUUAGAGAUGGAAAGUCCAGAAAUCUUGAAGACUCAUAGCAGGAUAUCUCGAAGAGCAUCACUUUCAGACAUUGGGUUUGGUAAGAUGGAAACCUAUGUUAAACUGGAGAAGCUUGGGGAGGGCACCUAUGCCACUGUCUUUAAAGGGCGCAGCAAGCUCACCAAGAACCUGGUUGCCCUGAAGGAAAUACGGUUGGAGCAUGAAGAAGGAGCCCCUUGCACAGCUAUACGAGAGGUUUCCUUACUGAAGAACCUGAAGCACGCAAACAUUGUGACGCUCCAUGAUAUCAUCCACACAAAAUCCUCACUUACUCUUGUCUUUGAAUAUCUGGACAAUGACUUGAAGCAGUACCUGGAUAACUGUGGGAACCUGAUGAGCAUGCAUAAUGUAAAGAUAUUCAUGUUCCAGUUGCUCCGAGGGUUAUCCUAUUGUCAUCAGCUCAAGAUCCUACACAGAGAUCUCAAACCACAAAAUCUGCUUAUUAAUGGAAGAGGGGAACUGAAACUUGCUGAUUUUGGUCUAGCCAGAGCCAAGUCUGUCCCAACAAAAACAUAUUCCAAUGAAGUGGUCACAUUGUGGUACCGGCCUCCUGAUGUCCUCCUAGGAUCCACAGAAUACUCCACUCCCAUUGACAUGUGGGGUGUGGGUUGCAUACACUAUGAAAUGGUCACAGGACGCCCCAUGUUCCCAGGAUCUACUGUGAAAGAGGAACUGCAUUUAAUAUUCAGAAUGCUCGGAACUCCUACAGAAGAAUCGUGGCCUGGCAUCACAUCCAAUGAGGAAUUCAAGGCAUAUAAUUUCACACAGUAUCGAGCCCAGCCCUUGAUAAAUCAUGUGCCAAGGCUGGACACAGAAGGAAUCGACCUGUUAAUGAGUCUCCUUUUGUACGAAGCCAAAAAACGCAUUACUGCUGAGUCAGCCCUGCGACACCCUUAUUUUAUGGCCCUAGGUGAACGAGUGCAUCUUCUUCCUGAGACUGCCUCCAUCUUUUCUCUGAAGGAAAUACAGCUCCAAAAGGAUCCUGGCUAUCGAGGCUCAAGCUAUCAGCACUCAAGUCGAGGCAAGAACAGGAGGCAAAGCAUAUUUUAAAUCCAGUUUACUCAUUCAGUGUAUCACUGGGAAGAUCAAAGCACUGAGAGGGGAAAGGACCCCACAGAUCCAAUGGAGCCCACCCUACAAAUGAUGAUAAAGGCUGGUAUCCAUAGUACAGGAACUGCCUCACACUCCCAGGCCACUUUGCAGAAUUCCACACAAGUCCAAAUACAAAAGCUGGCCUGAUGCUUGUUCCAGCCCCCAUAUUUCAUACAGCAAUCAGUGUAAUCUGCCUGGGCAACGAUCUUCAUCAAGCUAUUAACUUCCAGAAGUGCAAUCCUGAAUGUGGACAUGUGCUGGCCUCUAUUUUGAGAGAAGCAAAAUGAAGGCAACAAGCAAGAAUUAUGCUACAGAAUCAACACCUGCUUUGCCUCUUAGAUGUCAUGGCAAAUGUGCUGAAUCCAAUUGUUUGUUUUUCCCCAUCAUGCAAUGAUUCGUAGGACAACAUGCAGACAUGAUGAGUAUUAUAUUAACAGCAGGGAAGCCCUUUGAUCCAUUCUUGCACAGAACCCUCUUCCUUUGAACUGAAAAGGAAAUCUUAAGUUAUAGCCCUGCGCCAAAAAAGGCAUUUUUACUUUUUCCUCUAUUAUGUUUAUCAAGAAUGAAUCCCAGCUUUGAAAAAUAUAAACAUCUAGGAGUGGGGAGGCCUUUUCCUGGAUUUUCUUGGCCCUCUGAUUCCAGUGCUUGAGUACAAGCUGCUACACAAGGAACACCAAAUUUAGGCUUUUUUCACUUGUGGGUUUCAGAUUGCAGAGCAUGAUCUACAUAAUUCCUUAUUCAAAUUAUGUCUAAUAUUUUUGAGAAUAUCUUUUAUAACUCAUCCCAAGAACCAUUUAUCAAAAAACCUCCCACUAAACAAAUACACUUUCCCUGCAGAAGAAAACCAACGCCAAGUAACUUGAGAAUUGCAGAAACUAUCUGAGUCUCUGUCAGAGCUUCAUAUAAAAUGUGAAAGAACUCAGACCAUGGUUUCAUUUGCAGCUCCAUAGCCCUAGAGUAAAUUCCUCCUUUGUGGCUAGUGUGCAAAAGUGCACCUGUUCUUUCAUUUCUUCCCCUAAACACUAGAGAAAGCCAAUUAAUAAUAAUCAAAAACCCUGGACCUACAAGCAUUCACAAACGCACUGUGAUUGAAUGUACAUCUAUUCAAAAGUAAAGCCCAUUAUAUUAGUGGAAUGUAUUUCCUCCUAAAUGUGCAUGAGAUAUAAACCCACUGAAAUCUGUGGAAUGUAUGUAGGCCAUUACAGAGCAGGUACAAGUACAUACAUUUGUUCUUUUUUUAAAAAAAUGUAUUAAUUUGGCAAUGAGUUGUUUUGGCUUGGUCGUUUUAGGAACAUGUUCGCAACAGCAAGCCAGUUCUCAAAAUGCAUUGCUGUAAAGAAAUUUGAAUUUUGCCACUUUA